ACAAAUUGAAAAACUUCGUAAAUGCGAAUUGAUUUCAGAAAACGAAGUAAAAGAACUUUGUCGAAAAGCUAGAGAAGUUUUAAUAGAAGAAAAUAUUGAAGGUUGGGGAAUCAGUCCUCGUGGAGCGGGGUAUUUAUUUGGUGGUGAUAUCGUUGCUCAGUUUUUACAAAACAAUAACUUAGAUUUGAUUGCAAGAGCCCAUCAAUUGGUAAUGGAAGGUUAUAAAUUAAUGUUUAAUAAUACUAUAGUCACGGUUUGGUCGGCACCAAAUUAUUGUUAUAGAUGUGGAAAUGUCGCUGCAAUUUUAGAGUUAGACGAUAAACUAAAUAAAAAUUACAAGAUAUUUGAAGCUGCACCACAA